AUGCUCGCCUCCAACACCGGAUCGUCAUCCUCGGCACUGGAUGUGCAGGUUACGGAUUUACCUAUGCAGUCUCCACUCUCGAGCUUUGGGACAUCCAUACCCUCAACUUGGGUAUAUCUGACUCUGCUACCACGAUUCCCCCCUCUGCCUUCAGGAGUCACCUUUCCACCCGGCUUCGGAACGCUGCGGGAGUCGCAAUGGGGGUCUGGUCCGUCCACCUGGGUUCGGCCAGCGGAAAGUCAUAGCGCGGCGGUCACUCCGACUUCGGAUGGGGCCACCUCAAGCUCGGCCGCGGCGGGCACUUCGACCUCGGAUGGAAUCGCCCCAAGCUCCAGCGGCGACACCGUGGCCCAACGACCCCACUCAGGUCCUUCGACGACGUUGAUCAUCGCUCUUUCCAUCUCAAUCGGACUGUUCCUCGCAGCUACGGUAGUGCUGCUCAUCAUCCUGAGGCGACGCCGCGCUCGGCGAGCCGCAGAGCACUCGCUCCAGGCUCCCCUUCCCUACGACCGCCUCGAAGCUGGAGAGCGGAAGUCCGACGAGGGGCUCAUUCCCAGUCAAGCGCGUAACCUAUCCGGUGGACGAUACCAUCGGCGAGGACGUGCAGGCGACGCGCGUCCAUCAAGGAACAGCGUAAACCGCAGCACCGCGUCGAUUUGCUCAGCCACCAUCUCGGACGUGUCACAGGAUGAUAACCUUCUCCGGGAGGUUAGCACGAUGGUCCGCAAGGGAAGUGUGCUAGCGGAUAUUGGAAGCCCCGUAGGUCCCGGGGACGACCCGUCGCAUUCCACCCCCGAGCCUAUUCCAACCCGAGCGGAAUCGCAACCUAGUGGCGACUCUACACAUCCUCAAGCCGCAGGUGCGAAACCAUCGCCUCGACCACGAGAGCCUCCCGCUGUGCCGAGCGCGGAUCGUCCGGACACGGUCCUCCUCAGACUUCCCGCGGAGCUUGCUCAUCGCGUGAUGGUCACGAUCGCAAGCGAAGCAGCUCAGGGGGGCGGGAACCCCGGAACGUUGCAGGACUCGCAGGACUCGGAACCUCCACCCGCGUAUGAGUCUCAUCCUGCGAACAGGGAGGCCCCUCCGCCGGGCUGA